GGAAAUCCGGCUUCUCUCUCUACGAGAACUUCCACAUUAUGUGGCCUUGGAUCAGUUGACCCCAGCACUAGGAGGGACGCUGAGCUAUUCGCCACCCAAAUGGGUUAGAGAACACCAGGCUCUUGAGCAACUACAGGAUCUCUGCUGUAGUGUUCUCCAGACUGUGUGUGAGGCCAGUGACCAUCUCAAGGCAGUGGGAACAGCAUCAAGUCAGGAGGAACUGUCAACUCAAAUCAUCUUGCAUCAGGAAACUAUGCAGAAAUUGCUUUCAGAGCCACGUCUGCUGGAGCUCCAGCGCCGUGGGGGCUCCCUGCUGGCACGGCUGCCUCCGUUGGGGCCCUGCAGUAUGCAAGCUGUGGCUGCCACAAGACUCUAUCAAGAGGUGGAUGAAGCCCUUCAUGGCCUUGUCCAGCUCAGCAACCAGUGUCUUGAGGUAUUGCAGCAAGAGAAUAAAAACACACAGAUUCAGCAGGAAGGCAAAACGUGUCUUCAGUCUGGAAGUGUGGAAAAGAAGAGAGAAGGGGAGAGACCAGCUGAGGGGCUAGCUGAAGGAGCAUCCUUGGAGAGGAAACUGUUACAAAACCCCAGAUCUUCAGGGAAGACACAGGUCACACCAGAAGACGUUUCCGUUCCCCGAGCCCGCGCAUGCAGCAUCAGUGCUUCCUCCUCACCUAAGCAUGGCUGGGAGCUGGGGGCCAAGUUUGGCUCCUCUUGCAGUUUAACUUCUCUCUUCCAGCCACUUGCCAGCCCCAAGACCUCCCCUUGUUGUUCUCCUGCCCGAAGCAAUGCCCUAGACAGCAGAAAGAAGAGGCAGGGGCCUCUCCCCAUUUCCAAAACACCUGUAUCUCCAGCUACCCACCUGGCAUUAAGAGCCUUGAGUGAUCCGGGUCGCCCUAGUGUCCAUAUACGUGGCCUGGAAGUGAGCAGCCGGGAACUGGCAGACAGGAGCUGUUCUCCCCGUGAACACGUGCUAUUGGGGCGCAGCAGGACUCAUGUUGCUGAAGCACCUUGGGGUGCCACACCUCGCAUGGAAAGAAGGCGUUGCCUUGGGGUCCAACAGCAGCUUUUGGUUGAGCUGCUGGAGUGCGAGCGGGAGUAUGUGGGUGCCCUUACCCAGCCCCUCUCUCUGUCUCAGGAGCCCGGGGGACAGGCCUGGACAGCUGAGUUAAGGUGCCUGGGCAAUGCCCUCCGGGCCACGCGGGACCGGCUGCUGGCCUUCCAUUCCAGCUGCCUCCUGAGCGAGUUGGAGGAAUGCAUGAGCCACCCAUCACGCGCUGGCGGCUGCUUCCUGCGCCACAGAGAGGAGCUUCAACUGUAUGCAACCUAUGCCAAAGAUCACCACAAGUUCCAGGCCGCCCUGGCUUUGCUUCGAAGCACUAGCAAGAAAGGCCUGACGGAGCCACGUGAGGAUGGGCAAACAGCAUACGCUUUGCAGGUGCCUCUGGAGCAGCUGGAACGGUACCGGCGCUUCCUGGGUGAGCUGCUACAUGAAUGUGAGCUCGAGCAGGGGCCUGACCGCCAAGCCCUACAGGAGGCCCAGCAACUGCUGGAGGCCCAGGAGCAGCGAGGCAGAGACCUGCUGGCCACAGAGCAGAUCCGGGGCUGCGAGGUGAAACUGUCAGAACAAGGGCCAUUACUGCAGCGUGGUGAACUCACUCUGCUGUCCGGACGCCGAAAGUGCCAGCGGCACGUCUUCCUCUUUGAACAGCUGCUACUCUUUACCAAAUGUAAGGGAGCCGAAGGUGGCUAUGUCUGCAAACAGGCCUUGCAGACUGCUUCCAUGGGGUUGACGGAGAGUGUGGGUUCUAGUGGGUUACGCUUUGAGCUUUGGUUUGGACGUGGACCAGCCCGGCAGGCCUAUACAUUGCAGGCAGCCUCUGCUGAGGUCAAACAUCAGUGGACAAACAUCAUAGCCCAGCUGCUCUGGAGACAAGCUGCCCAGCCAAGUGUCUCAAUGAGCUUAUCCUCCUGCCCUUCUCAGCGUUUAGCUCCUCUGGGCCUUGGCCCUGGCCCCCCUCCUGGCUUGUCACUGCCUGGACACUUUGAGGAAGAGGAAUGGGACUUAGAUGUCAAGCCCAUCCCAAGAGCUCACACAUCAGGAUCAGAGGGAGCCUCCCCAAGCCACCAUGAACCACUUAGGCAGGGGAGAAGUUCACUGCCUGGCAGCAGUUCUGCUUUAGGACACCAUCAGUCGCGUUGGGUGUGGAGCCUGCAUCGGAAACUCUUUUCCCCGGGAAAUCAUGGAAGGCAGGAUUCGGUUCCUAGGGACUCUGGGAACAGGACAGUUUGAGAUCCCUGCAGCAAUUUGGGGAAUGGGGCACAAAUGGAUGCUCAUAUCCAACAAUAUUGUGACUUGCUCCCACCCAGUUUCCUGAUGGCUCUGCUACCACUCCACAGAAGCAUCUAGAUUGGCCAUAUCCUACUAUGGGAUGUCCAUGUCCUGCCUGAUUACUACUCAUUGAGUGCCUUUUCCACCAUUUCCUUGGAUUGUGAAAUUCCUGGAGAGUUUUGGUCAAGCUGAUACUAUUGAUAGUAAGAGGGGCUACCAGGCAAGGAAGCUCAACCAAGAAACUCCUAAGUUGAUCCCAUUAAAGGUUGCUGGGAAGAGGGAACUUGGUGGGCUGAAUCAUCUUCUACUGAGGAUCAAAUGUGAUAAUACCCAGAGUGUAUGGAUCUGUGCAUUUAUUGGGUGCCCUAUCUCCAGUCACAGCUUCAGUCUUAAGAUCGAUUGGUAUUUUGCUCAGUCCAGUGGGUGAUGAAAGGAAGAAUCCGGGCUGCAAUUGUUAGGCAACUACAGCAUCCAUUUCCUGAACCUCCUGCAAGCUAAUUCUAGAGAAAAAGGAAGAAAGAGGGCAUCUGGGCUACAUGGAGGGGUAUGUGAUUGCUAUAGAAUAUAAAAGUACCCCCAUCUAAAACGGGACAGGUAGCUUCAGCUGAUUCACUCAAGAUCAGAAGAGCAGUAUGACAAUACAGGAAUGAUGUAGCAGUAUGCACGAUGCUGUAGACCUUCACAAGAUAACAUUUUUUCUGGGACUGUGCCACUUUCAAAUGCAAAGGGGAUGCUUGCCAAUAUAAUUUUGGGAUUUUAAGCUGCUUUUAUUUUGCAUCUUCUUUUGUAGAGUAACUUGCAUGGCAAGGAGAGUUAAGAUAUCUUAGAUAUCUGUUUUAUGUUUGGUAAUAUUUCUGUGCAGGGAGUUUUGAAGAGCAAGAGUACUUAGUUAAAGGAAUCUUACACCCCUACAGUCUUGCAGUCUGAAGACAUAUAAGAAUGGUUGUUCCAUGAUUGUGCUGAACAAAAGGAACAGAUCCUUGCACCACACACAUACACCUUUAAUUUUUUCUAGUUUGAUUUUGAGAUGAUUAAAUAAUAUCACCAUAUGGCUUGCUGAAAGGACAAGAUUUGUACAAAACCAAUUCCUAUGUGAAAAACUCCUUUGCAGUGUGAGUGAAAACAUCAAAGACUGGGGGAGAGAGAUGGUUGCUUUUCCCUGUAGCAUAAGGUUUGGCUUAUUUGUUGGAGCUCUGGAAAAUGCCUUUCUUUAGUGAAGCCAGUUGCCUUUUUUUUUUUUUUUUUACAUGUGGUAUACUAUGAUUCUGACUGGAGGAACUAAUGUAUGAAGGACUAACAAAUGGUGCUAUAUUUAGAGUUGGGCAAAGGAUUCCAAUUUUUGAAGGGGUAGUAUUGUGACUCUACUAUUGGAUACAGGUAAUUUUCUUUCUAAUUUGGUAAGUUGAGUUGUUUGACAUAUGUCCCUUUUUUUUAUAUGUCCUUAGGAAUUUAAUGUAGGACUUUCUCUUACGCCCACAUAAAAAGGUGAUAAAAAUCACUGGGUUGAAUUCAUAUUAAGAUAGUUGCACUUGUCUCAAUGAUUUUCAGUGGGAAUAAAGGGCAAUUCAAUAUCAGUCAUAUCUAUUGUGAUCAUACUGUAUUCCUUCAAAAGCAAACAGAAAUUGUAAGAAGAUGCAAGAAGAUGUAAUGUAGAAUAUAAAUUUGUAACAUUGGUAUAAUGCACUGGGACCAAACAGUAUUAGUAAAUAUUUGAGCAUUGUGGUAAAUGCCACUAAACAUAGUUAUUGUGCCAUGACUCUUCUUCCACUUUUUAAACAUCCUGAGCUGUCAGUCCCCUUCAACUAAAAGGACUGCAACAGCACAUACAUAUCUCUUUUGCUAUGCAUUUCUAUUAAUUAUGUGGGCCUACAAUAUUUUUUCCCUUUUUAGAAUUAAUUCCUUUGUUUGUAACCACUUUUGGAUGGGACUGGUGCUCAUUUAUGUUUUGCCUUAACCCACUAGCAUAAACUACAGUGCACAAAAGCUGCUUAAACCUUGUUAAAAUGGCACCAAUGAGGUUUAAUUCUCACCAUACAGUACAUUAAGUUGUAAGAUGUAUCAGAACUAUGUAACUUGAAGAGCAACAAGAUGGGAUGCUUAAAACUCUGCCAACAGUAAAAGAAUAUAUGUGUUGAUUUGAAGAGCAAAAAGGACUGAUGGGUGACACAUGUACAAACUGUCUCUUACAAACUGUUUAUAUCUUCUUGCAUAUUCUUUUUCUAUACAGCUUCUUCUUAAAAGGUCAACACUAGGAUUACCCCAGUUGCAUUGUUAACUGUUUUGUUUUUGUUCUAAAUUGCAGACCUAGCUGACCAUAGUAAGCUAAGCUAAAUCAGAUCUAGUUAGGAAACUUGGAUGGGAGACCACCAGGAAAUAGCAGGGCUAUAGGUAAAACUGGGAAGUCAAAAAGCAUCCUGGAAGAAGACAGUUGCAAACCACUUCUAUAUUGUUGCUCUCCCAAAACCUCUAAGCAGGAAGUCAAUAGGAGACAAGGAAGUCUUUUUAAUUGUGCAUAGACCUACCCAAUCAAUAGGACCAACAUCAAGGAGGCUUACUCUUUCAUGAGCCAUAGUCCCAAAGAGAAUCACCUACUCUGCAAUUAGCUAUAGAGAGAAACAGUUUCCCUCGGUAGGAAUUAACUGUUUCCCCUCAGGCUGUUUAUCCAUACCUGUGUAAACUAGUCCUGGUAACCCUCUUCCUCCCCGCCCCUUUGCUAGUAUUACAAUAUAGCAUUUUGGUUAACACACAAUUAAGAGUAAUGCCUAAUUUGAGUUUUAGAGUAACUCCAAUAGUGGAAGAGAUUGAUAGUGAAUAAGGGACAGGAUUCAACAUCCUUACCCUGGCUUUUCUUUUGCUGCUCAAAUCAGACGAUACUCCCUCCCUCUUUCAUAUUUGGGCCACUCCAUGCUUAAGUGGAGGGAACUGCAGCAUGCAAUUAACAAUAUCCCCACUCCCGCCCCCAAUAUUUCCUGCCUGGACAAAAUGGGAAAGUGAGAAAUAAGGCUUUGCUGGGAGCAAAACACUUAUAACAUCCAGUCAUUAGAGUGUAUUUAGCCCAGAUUUUUGUAGUGUCUGCAAUUUUACAUGUUUACUGGUUUCAAGUUCUACAUUGUAUUUCAAUGUUAUAUACUGAGGAACCAAUGAGGGAAGAUGGGGGCUCAUUUGAGGAAGUUUUUGGUUGCUUUGUGGGCUGUGUAGAUGGGGAAUGCUUUUAACUAUGCUGGUUUACAAAAAUCAGAAUGGAUAAAUUGAUAUUGGAAUGGAAUGUUCAGCGUUUUAGAACUUUAAGGCCCAGCUUUCAUGGGAAAAAUAAAAUAUGAUGGGGGUAUCAAGCAAAUUUUAAUCUAUCUGAGAAGUGAUUUAUAGUUAUUACCUUCUAUAAAUGCAAGGCAUUGUAAGUACUAAGCAGCGAGCUGAUACUCCAUCAGAUUUGCCUAACAAGAUUAUACUUUUUAUAAAAGCAUGCUGAAACAUUAGUCAUUUCUGUCCUUCAGCUCUAAAAGCUACUGUAUUGUUUUUUCUUCAUAUUAUCUUGAUUCUCUACCAAUGUUAAAUGGAAUAUAAUUAGCCAGGCUCGUGUUGUUUGUUCUUAGAUUUGGGCAGUUUUGUUUUUAUAUGCCGCUUUUACUAUCGCACCAACUCUCCCAUCCUUUAGAUUUUUCUUUCACUUGGAGGGGUCUCUAAUGGAAAAACAACUCUUUAUUUAUCAGUAGGGGUUAGCAACUCAGCAACUCUUUAUUUAUAAGUAGAGGUUAGUUUUACAAGGCUGGAAUUAGGUACUCAUUUGGACAGCAAUCCCAUUGAAAUCAGUGGGACCUCUGAGUUACAAAUAGGUGGUUAAUGUAUGUAGCUGUAUCUGCACAGUUUUAUUAAACCUGCCUUUACCCCUUCCCUCAGCAGAGCAGGGCUUUUUUGCUCACACUGUCAUUUAUCCAUUUACUUGCCCUGGCUUCUGAAUAGCCCCCCCUCCCCCUUUGGGGGGGCAACACAAUGCCAAGCUGAUUUGGCCUCUUUCCCAUCUGUUUUUCUGACUUAGAUAUUUGGCUUGUGUGCUCACUUUCCCAUUCUUUAGAGGGCUACAUAAGAGGUAGAUAAAAACCUGACUUGUGGUUGCUUGGCAACC